GCUAUGGUAUAAGCAAGCAUAAGUCAGUGGUGCAGUGUGCGCGUUAACAGUGGCUGGUUUGUUAUAUUCUCAGUGUUCGCGUGGUGUUCGGUUAUUUUUAAGUGCAAUUACCUAUCACGUUUGUAAUAUAGUCUUUGUAUUGUGUGUGAGUGUUCUAAAAGGACCUUAAAACUCGUCAAAAUGGGCCGUUCCAGAUCCAGGACGAAAUCUCCAAGUAGGAGGCGUCAUAAGAGCAAACACUCGAGGAAACGUUCCAAAUCACGAGAGAAGCACUCUAGCAAUAAAUACUCCGAGAAGCCAAAAGAACGCAGUUCAAAGUCAAGGAAACGGUCCCAUUCUGCAUCUUCUAGUUCAGGCUCGGAUGUUUCAGACGAUGUGCAUAUUGUCAGUCACAAGAAACGUACGUACAGAGAUAGGGAUCGCAAAAUGGAUGAAGUUGAGAGAUUAGCAGAAAUGGAACGGCAAAGGAAAAAGAAAGAAUUAUCGAACAAAAUCUUCACCACGAGCGCAGUUGGACGGCAACGUGAAGUAGAGCAAAAAAUGGUUGAGGAGGAGGCUGCCAAACGUAUCGAGGAGCUAGUGCAGAAGAGGGUGGAAGAAGAGCUAGAAAAGCGUAAGGAAGAAAUAGAAGCUGAAGUACAAAGGAGAGUAGAAGAAGCAAAAAGGGCUAUGGAGCGUCAAAUGAUGGAGGAAAUGGAAUGGAGACAAGAAAAACUUCGUGAGGAGGAAAAACGAAGAGAGGAGGAAGAGCGGAAGAAGCGCGAGGAACUAGAGAGGAUCGUGGAGGAGAACAACAGAAAAAUAGAAGAAGCUCAAAAGAAACUGGCUGAGGAAAGGUUGGCCAUGGUCGAACAACAACGUUUGAUGGAAGAAGAGAGGCAAAGAAUGAGGAAAGAACAUGAAAAACGCGUGAAAGAGGAGCAAAAAAAAAUUCUCGGGAAGAACAACUCGAGGCCUAAAUUGUCCUUUACGCUAAAGCCAAUUACGUGAGUCUGUCUCAUUUCGUGCAGUUUUACAUGUGAUAUUUAUACAUCUUGUCGGUUUUUUUGGAAUCGUUUGUAUUCCGUACGAACAAUCGUCGUAUGCUGCGCCGUACGCAGGUACAGAAAUAACGCAGCGACAAGAUCCAAAGCUCACCCGAAUGUAUUUACGAUGAUCGCCGAAAUCCGACAAUGUUGAAUCUUAUUCAAUUAUGAUGAUCGUGUAUACAUCAGAAUUGAAUAACCGAUUCUAUGCUUGCCAGAUUUUGGACCCCGAUACAGAUGGGAUCUUAACUUUUUAGAGACUACACUGAUAUCGACACGGACAAGCAUUUUCUUACGCGGAAAUAUAUAAUAAUAGAAUCGUGUACGAUUAUAUCUAUCUUAAUACAUGUUGUAAAUUUUUUUACGUAUCACAGUACUAAUAAUCUCUGCCAGUUCGCUUGAUCUGUUUGAUAGAAGUGUGGUCCAGCCUAGUUAGGAGUGUUCUACAAAUUGCAAAUGCAAUUUAUAUAAUGCGGUUUCUCUGUAAUUAUAUUAUACAGAAAAUAAUAAUUUUAUUUCAGUUAGACAUAUUAACGAAACAUGACUCUCGUAUUAAAUUCGCGUUCCGAACUCGAUGACGGUCGGUAAUUCUGAGACGGUCGUAUUAUUAACGCGACUGAAUAGAUUUUGUAAUUUAAACACAAAGAAAAAAACAUAAAUGCAUUUUCUACGUGAGUAGACGAUUAUGUGCAGCUGUAACACGUAACCGUACGAACCAAUUUCGUGCAAGCAAUAAUAAAAGGAGGACUAGUGUCUUUUAGUAUGUUGUGCUAAACUUGUUCCGGAUCAUGCACAUCGCUAGGAUUUAAUGCGGAAUUCGUUCUGCCAAACUGAAUGAGAAUAUUUUUUUCUAAUCAAAAUUAAAGUAAGAAGCAACGCCAAUAA